AUGCUCCCACGACUCCAGCGAGUGGCGCACAGCCUCCCAAACUACGUCCGCCCCUUCAGCCAAACCCCAAUAGUCCCCGCCAAACCCCUCCCCCCACGGAUCAAGAUCAACGAUGCCGACAUAUCCAUCUCCUACCUGAAAGGCACCGGGCCAGGCGGACAGAAGAUUAAUAAAACCAACUCCGCCGUCCAAAUCAUCCACAAGCCCACGGGGAUAGUGAUCAAAUGCCAAGCGACGCGAUCACAGUCGCAUAAUGCGAAGACUGCGCGGUCGCUGUUGGCGGAUCGGGUGGAGGCGCUGGAGAAGGGGGAUAAGAGUCGGAUUUCGUUGAAGGCGGAGGCGGCGAAGAAGAAGAAGGCGAGUAAGCUGAAGAAGGCGAAGAGGAAGUAUCGGGAGCUUGAGGCGAAGGGGAAGGAGGAUAUGGAGGAAGAUGAGGUGGAGAUUGUGUGGGAUGAUGAAGUGGAAAGUAAGACAGAGGCUGAAGGAAAGGAGGUUGAUGAGGUGGAGGUGGCUUCGAAGGCUGGAGAGUCGAAGGGUGUGUAA